ACUGUGCUCCAGCAGUGUGUUUGGGUUAGUAGCAAGAGUAUUGGUUUUGUGUUAUGAAAAGCUGAAAACAUCAACAGUGUAGCUCUGUAACCAUUAACUGUAUGGCCAAACACAGGCUCUCUGAUGGAAGAGGUUGUGCCAAUGUGACCCUAGAUAAGUGGUGGUGUUCAAUGUGACAGUCAACAUGGACCAGUGUCUUCCUGGCACUCAGACUCGACUUCUACCUCUGCCAGGGUUCGGUAAUGUACAGUUGACACUGGUACCUAUCUGUGAAUGCAACUGCUCAUCACAAAUGAGUCUGAACCACCCAUCUUGUGGCGACCGAGGCUCUCUUGUGUGUGGAGCCUGCGACUGUUCUGAGGGCUUCUAUGGAGAGCAAUGUGAGUGUGACGAUGAACUGGGGCCCUGUCUGGAUGACUGUUUUAACAGAGGAACUUGUGAUAACUGCACAAGAGAGUGUAUAAGUUGUGAUACAUACCAGGAUAUUAAAGGUGGUGUUUUUCAGAUAGUGGGCAGCUUUGGAGAGAGAUGUCAGUGUGACAACUCCACUGGUGCUGGAGCCUGUCCUGUUGGGAGAGAUAUAGACCAAGUCUGCAGUGGUAGGGGAGAGUGCAUGUGUGAUGGAGACAAGUGUGACUGUGACUGUGAGUGUGGGACAGCUCCUCUUUCUGGUCAGCAUUACUUUGAAGAUGACUGUGGCUGCGACCCUGACAACUGCUACAAUGAGCAGUACCCUGGCAGGGAAUGUGCACACAGUAGGAACAGACGCUUGGAUGGCCACUGUGACUGUAAUCAAUGUGAGUGCCCUGCAGAGGACUCUGUCUACUUCAACAGGACCUGCAUCAAUAGAAUUGACUUGUGUGAUAUGUUUGACUCCUGCGCUCGCUGCUGGCCUGGGGGUUGCACUACAGAAGACUGUCAAUCCGGUUACCUGGAGGAUUCCAUUGCAGAAGACAGCGUGGUUUUGGGGUGGCCUUUUUUCCCUCCCUUUUUCUUCUUGUUAACUACCUGAUUGUCCCCUCUGGGCCAUCUUACUCCGUGGCCAGAGUGUACUUUUUGGGGUACAGUGACUGCCAAUCGUCGGAGAUGGAUAGUAUGGCCUGGGUAGUUCCUGUCGUGGCAGUGCAAGGAUUUCUACUACUGGUAGCUGUGCCAGUCAUUACUGGCUUGUGCAUUCUGAGAAAACAUAACAAAAAUCACACCAGUAAAGAAGUGAGAGCAGAGUAUCCAGGGAUAAAGGGAAAAGGUCGCACAUUGUGGAAGAAGGAACUGAGGAAGAAAAGAGAUGAGAAAGAGGAUUUUGAAACCACUGCUGCACUAACUGAACCGCUAAUGAUGUCUGAUGUACUAGAAGAACUAGUACAAGAAAUGUCUACUAAUGGACUCUUUGUUCCUGAUACUAGCAUUACCAUACAAAACGUUGUUGGUGAAGGAGAGUUUGGAGUUGUGUACAAGGCACUUCUACAUGGGUGGAAGGAGAACAUGCACAGUUUGGUUGCCGUGAAGACUUUAAAAGGAAUGUUUAGUUGUUGUGAUGUUAAACAUCUGGCAGAGGAGAGUCAGAUCAUGGCAAGAUUUGAUCAUCCCAAUGUCAUGAAGCUGAUUGGUGUGUCCAUGAACAAGUAUAAACACCUUUUUAUUGUCAUGCCAUUCAUGGCUAAAGGCAGUCUCUUAUAUCAUCUGAAGAAGAAUAGACACAUUUUCACUAUAGAGAGUGAGGAAAUCACAGAAAUGCCAGAAGUAACGAGUUCAAGGUUGCUAUCAAUGUGCCUGCAGAUUGCAAAAGGCAUGGAAUACUUGGCACACAAUAAGUUUGUUCAUCGUGACCUCGCAGCUAGGAACUGCAUGAUUGACUUGAACAAUGUGAUAAAGGUUGCUGACUUUGGUCUGACAGAGGAUACCUAUGCCAGGAACUAUUUCAGACAAACAACAGAGCAAGAGGAUGGAGAGCCUCCUGUGAAGCUGCCAGUGAAAUGGAUGGCUCUGGAGAGUCUGAAUGAUGGAAUCUUCUCUGAGAAAACUGAUGUGUGGUCAUUUGGAGUGACAUGUUGGGAGGUGUUCUCAUUGGGGAAGAACCCCUACCCUGGAGUGGACCCCUUUUCCCUCAUCAGAUAUCUGGAGAGAGGAGAGAGACUGGAUAAGCCUCUCAAUGCUGCCUGCUCCCAAGAAAUAUAUAAUGUGAUGAGGGAGUGUUGGGAGUGGAAGCCAUGGAAGAGACCAAGUUUCUCUCAACUGGUGACUGUCAUCUCCACUAGUCUGGAGGGAAUGGGCUGGAUAUCUGGACCUCAACUCUCCAGUUCCUACCACUACAAAUACUCCCAACUGACAUGAAAACAAUAGUCUUUUAGUUUAGCCUACUGUAACACAUAUUGGGGUAUAUGUAGCUAAAUAAUCUCUCUGAGUU